AUGGUCCGACUGGCAGGCAGGGAGAGGAAAAGUGGCCUUAUCCAAGUGAGCAAUGGGAGGAGUCAGCCAGAAGCAGCAAAGCUUUUUCUGUUUGAAGAUUCCUUGACGGUAGUAAGAAAGCAACCACCAUGGAGAGUCAGCCAGGAUGUCAAAGCCUAUCCCAAGCAUUCCAAGGAACGGGUGGUGCGGUUGGUGAAGCAGAAGGCUGGAGGUUUAGGUUUGAGUGUCAAAGGUGGUGUGGAGCAUAAUCUUCCCAUACUGGUGUCCAAAGUGUUCAAGGAUCAGCCUGCUGACAUCAGUGGACAGGUCUUCAUUGGAGAUGCCAUUGUUAAAGGUAACCCCAUCAUCAUGAAUGAAGAAUCAUUGGUGGAGAAGACCCAUGAAGAAGCUGUGGCAGCUUUACAUAACUCAGGGGAUGAAGUCACCCUUGUACUCAAAUAUUACAAGGCCGCUACACCAUAUCUUCUAAAGUCUUUGGCUCGACAGGAAAGGACAGGAUGUGGGAGAAGAAUUCCAUUAGAGCUCCGUGGAGAGGAUGGAUGGAAAGGAUUGGCUGAUGAAACUUCAGAACCAGAUAGCCCGACUCAUGAGAAUGGAAACAGCCUCAAGGAGGACUCUGAAUGGACAAUAACUGCUGAGGUGCCUUUGCUGAUGGCUUAUGUCACACGCUACAUAUUCGGGACAGACCAACUGAGACCAAAGGCAUUUGAGGUCCGAAGCAUUGAUGGGAGCACGACAGGCAUAGUUCAUUGUUCUGACCUGGCAGAUAUGGCUGAUUGGCUCAAAUGCAUAAUCCACACCAUUGUGGGCCUGAACAACCUCCAGAUGAAGGUAUUCAAUGGGAGUCUGACUCCAAGUGAGCAGAUCACAUACAUGGGUUGGGUGUGUGAAGGCUUUGAGGAGUCAUCAGGGAAUGCCUCUUCUACACACUGGCAGAAUUGGAAACCUAAGUUUGUAGCUCUCAAGGGAGCUAAUGUUUUACUUUUUGGAGAUGCUCCUGUGUCGGCUAGAGACUGGUUGUCCCCAUCUGUUUGCUACAAGAUCUAUGAGACCCUCUUCCGAGUGGUGAAGGCUUCAGAGUGCAUGGACCAACGGCAGCACUGCUUUCUCCUCCAAACAGCUAGUCGAUCUCAUGAAUCUCAUUAUUUCUCCUUGGAAAGUCAUCAGGAGUUGGGGAGGAUAGAGAAGGCAUGGCAUCAAGCUCUCUACCUGGCUGUCUUCAAUCUAUAUAUGAAGACAUUCGCUGUUUAUCAUGAAGGUCGGAGCUAUGGUCUUUCCCUUGAUUGGAACCAGGGCUUUGUGUUAGGGCCUCCUGGGCAGCCAGGUGGGAUCCCUCCCUCUCCAAACAUUGUCUGGAGAUACAAGUUUUCCCAACUGAAAGGAAGCUCAGAUGAUGGCAAGUCCAAGCUCAAGCUCCAGUUCCAGAAUCCCAUUACGAGGCAAAUGGAAGUCAAG